UACGUACAUCAUUUAAUUAAGCAAAAACUAUGAAAAUACACACAUGCAAAAGACCAGCCAAUCAUAACUAUAAAUGGGCCGGCAACCUCGCUGAUCAUCACUCAUCUCGAGACAGAAGUCCAGACGACUCUCAAACAGCUCGGCUGAUCAUCGCACCUUUGUCGGCUACUCUUCCGAUCUGCAAGGAUGUCUGAGACAAUCAAACUGUCUGCUCUGGGUCAGCCCUUCACCUUGGGGAUGCUCUAUAAUGCCUGCAAAGAUGAAUUAAUCCCAGGUUUCAGUCUUUGGGACAAAGCCGCUUUAGAAAGCCAGACUAGUACUUCGACUCAAAAAAGCAGUUCCUUUAAAAUUACAGCCUCGGACACCAUCGAAGCGAGGUCUUCUAUGUUGGACGUGGAAGCUUCUCUGAGUAUGAGUUUCUUAGGUGGCUUGGUGGAAGUUGGAGGUUCUGCCAAGUACUUGAAUAGCCAGAAGAAAUUCAAGAACCAGAGCAGGGUCACUUUUCAGUAUAAAGCUACCACCACCUUUAAGCAACUGUCUCUUCCUGCUCUUGGAGCACUAACCAACGAACAGAAAAAAAUAAUCGAGGACGGCAAAGCCACUCAUUUGGUCACAGGUAUCCUGUACGGGGCAAAUGCAGUCUUUGUCUUUGACAGCGAGAAGUUGGAGGCAAGCAGUGUUCAAGAUAUUCAAGGUAACAUGCAGGCUGUGAUCAAGAAGAUUCCUACAUUUGUAAUUGAAGGAAGUGCCCAGAUAAAGCUGUCUGAAGAAGAGCAGAAUCUGACUAACAAGUUCACCUGCACCUUCUUCGGGGAUCUCAUUCUUGAAAAAAACCCCGCCAACUUUGCCCAAGCGGUGGAGACCUACUGUGAGCUUCCGUCGCUCUUGGCGGAUUUGGACAACAACGCUCCCGUGGUUGUCUGGCUGUAUCCUCUGUCGGCGCUCUACGACAAAGCUGCCGUGCUGGUCAAAGACCUCAGCGUCUCACUAUCGAGAAAAAUCCAACAAGCUAUGGAAGAAGAAAGUGAAGCGAAAAUGAGAUGCAACGAUUGUUUGUUCAGCAGCGCCUCGCAAAACUUUCCCGUCAUACGAAAGAACGUGAGCAGUUUCCAAAAGAUUCUCUCGUUUUACAAAGCUGCACUGCAACUGGCCAUGUCCAAGAAGCUGCCUUUAAUCCGCGACGGGGCAGAAGACGAGAGCUCUUUAGCAAAAAUCUUCGAUGAUCAUGAAAGUUCCCCAUUCCGUCAAGAGCACCUUCAAACAUGGUUGACCUCCAAAGAACGAGACAUCAAUAUCAUCGAGUCUUGCGUGAACCUGAUCAUGGAAGAAUCAAACGCUUACGUGGUGCGCACUAAAUCAGAAUUGGAUCGAGUGGUCUUGUCUGGGGGUGUCACAAAUGUUCUUUGCUAUGUUUUCACCAACUUGGAUGAGAAGGACGCCUGCCUUGAUGUCAUGUCCAAAUACCUGGACACGUUCCAACCCGGAGGAACCAGCGUAAUGUACACGUCCUUCUCCAAGGACGUGGUCGUACGAAUGAGAGAAAAUGUCCAAACGUUCCUUAAAUAUGCCAAACCUCUGCGGAAUUCCAGUCAUAUCAAGUUUCUCAUAACCGCCAUGAGAAAUGAUAAAUACAAGGGAUCUUCCAUCUACCAUUACAAAGACGGCUUUCUGGAUACUGACAACUUUACAGUGCCCGUCGUCCCACCGGUAAAGACCAUCACGGACAGAAAUGACGUCAUCUGGCAUGCUGUCAAACUCACCUUGAACAAAGAUACCGUCAACAAAAAUCUGAGUUUGUCAGAAGAGGAUCAGAAGGUCACAUACGGCAGCGUCAGGACGUAUCCCGCUAACGACGACAGAUUUAUCGAUCAUCCCCAGGUUCUAUGCAACGAGCCGCUAAGUGGUCGUCAUUAUUGGGAAGUGGAGUGGAGGGGUCACAUUGUUGCCGUAGCGGCAUACAAGAACUCUCCCAAGAAGAAUUUGAAUGGUUUUAUUCUAAACUUUUCUGAUAUGGUGAAGAAUUGGGGAAUGCAUGUGAGCGAUCAAUUUGAAUUGAAGAUUGCAACUGGGGUUGGGGAUAUUACUAUUUGGAACGCUUCUACUGCUGGCAUGCUCAAGCUUGGAGUGUUUCUUGACCACCCUGGGGGCACCUUGUCCUUCUACGGUGUCAAUGGAAAGAAACUGAAACAUCUGUAUACUUUUGAAAAAGAUUUCGAGGCACCACUCUACCCGGGUUUUGCCGUUGUUGACAAACAAAGUUAUGCCCGAUUGACGUAUUAGCACACGAAAUCGAUCUCGCUUCGCUUCGCACGGCAAGGCUUCACCAUUUUAAACGCAGUUGUUGAGGAUUGGCGCUUGGUUAAUAAGACAUUGAUUGCUUUUUUGGUUCAUCCUCAUAACACUCAAGUUUGCAGUCAAAUCAUUUGGGCAAGGAAGAAUCGAAUUUGGGAUUUCGAUUCAAACUUAUUUCGAUUUCAAUGCAUGAAUUUAUGGAAAAAAAGAACCUUCAGAUUAUAUUCAAUUGUACUUUUUGUGGAUGGUCUUAUUGUGGUUUUGGCUCGGAACAUGUGUUCCAUCUAGUUAACAGCUAAUGAAUGCUUUGCUUGAUGAGCGGCCUUGGCAAAUCACACCGUGGGUUCUGUAUGAUGUAACUUCAUUGUCAAUACAUUUUUCAGUUCACAUGGACAAUAAAAAUGCUUUUUGAUCGCA